AUGAGACAGGAAGGGUUCUCCAUUGCUCUCGCUUUCCUUCUCCUCCUUACAGGAGCUACGGCAACCGUAAAGUCUCCCGUUACCCUAGAAGGACCAUUAGAAGCACGAGACGUUGUUUGCUCAAGGGAGCUCGGCGAGCCGAUUGGUGGUAGCAGCCUUGCAGAAGCGGCAUCCUCCGGGUCCGCUGUAGUAGCAUACACGGUAGGAGGCGGUGCCCUCAUGCAUGCUGUCUGUGAAGGCAUUAUCAUUCUCCGACACGGGCCCCAGGACGAGAACAGUCGAAGCUGCUCACUUCUCAGCCAGGGAGUUGCUGCAGCCGUUCUGAUUGGGACCACAGCUGCGGCGCAGGCCAAGGGUUCCACAGGCUCGACAACAUCGGACAAGAGGAUGGAGAGCAGCCUCAGCGAGAUGAUCCGACAGCAGAUUGGAGCUUCUGGUGCUACUGUCGAGGGAAUCGAUACCAUGCCUCUGAGUAGGCGCUCCCUGUCGAACGGCGUUGUGGAGCGGCUCAAGAUCAAGGGCAUGCGGCAUCCUGAAGGUUACAUCUCAUGGGACCAUCUCGUGACCCGGUAUCAAGACGGCAACGGCUACGUCCAGACGACUCCAGUCAUCCCCGGCAGCAGCAAGAAUGCCAAGCGGCACGACGGCCAGGGGUUCAAAUACAAUUGGCAACGGUUCGACGUCAACACGAACUUCCUGGGAUCACCGGACCUGAGUGUCCUCCCUCAACUAUCUGCUGCUGUGUCCAACGACUGGGCGGUGCGGGCUGACAACGACCGUAUUGAUGAGUACAUCUUCACAGGAGGUGUGGAUCACAUCUACACGUUCGGCAUGCGUAUUAUCGCCGAGACCGGCGGCUUUGGCGAGGAAUAUGAGGAUGUCAACGUUUGUGGGGAUCUUCGAGGUAUUGCACAUGAUGAGUUGAAACUUCGUUGA